UCUUUUGGCUUUGAUAUACUUCGCAUGCCAUAUUGGCGUCCCACGUCAGUAUGUCAAAGAUGCGUGGAAGAAUUAGUUGAGACUCAUCGUAUUAGAAUAUUAGAAGUUCUUUCUACUCCUGCUGCUUGA